UCGUUGCACAUGCUGCCACCUAUGUACUCAAAAUUUUGGUGUGCUACUCGGUUGGUAGUUCGUGUGCAAUGUGUAUGAAAAUUUUGUUUGAAUAAAGGGAUUUUGUAGUGUUAAGCCGCUGAAUCGAGAUUUCACAGCGUCAUCUGGAGUGAUCAAGAUCCAAUUUGCUGACCCGCAUCGCGGGACGUGCAGACAGCUCGUUGUGAUCAGAAGAGAGUGGCGGUAUGGUGGACUACUACCGGAUCUUGGAGGUCUCCAAAACAGCCUCCACAGCAGACAUAAAAAAAGCGUACCGGAAAUUGGCUUUGAAAUGGCAUCCGGACAAAAAUCCAAACAACAUGGAGGAAGCCACAAAGAGGUUUAAAGAAAUAUCAGAAGCCUAUGAAGUUUUAUCAGAUGAAUCAAAACGGCGAGUGUACGACCAGAGACAGAAGGCAUCAGCAAGGUCCCCACGAAGCUUCAAUAUUGGAGGGUUUUUUGAGACACCUUUCCGUCGUUUCUUCGAGAAGAAACGCCGUGUGUAUGAUCAGUAUGGUAAAGAAGGUCUUGGCCAAGGAGGAAGAUCCAGAGGCCGGCAUGAUGAUUUCUUUGAGCCAAAUUUUGCUUUUCCAUUUACAUUCCGAGAUCCCGAAGACGUCUUCAGAGAAUUCUUUGGCAGUUCACCGUUCCAAGAUGUUUUUGGAGGCAUGGACCAUAGUACACGCAGAGGAAAUCGCAAUGGUGGCAACAACAGCAUAACAUCGAGCUUCUUCAGCCCAUUUGGACUGCAGCUGGGUGGCUUUCAGAUAGAUGAUUUCUUUGGAAUGGAUGGAAAUUCUGGUUUUACAUCAUUCACAUCACUCAGCAGUUCAAAUAUGGGUGGUGGGGCUGGCAGUGGAGCUGCUGUCAAAAGGACAUCUACCUCCACACGCUUCAUAAAUGGCAAAAAGAUAACAACUAAAAAGAUUGUAGAAAAUGGAAGAGAGACUGUCAUGGUGUAUGAAAAUGACACCCUAACUUCAAAGACUGUCAAUGGUGUUCCUCAGGCACUCACGCAGAGUUGAAGUGGUGGAACCUGAACUGAGUGAAAUGUGAUGGACUGAUAAAUUUACAAGUUAAAAUUAUUUGAUGGUGGUAUAAGACAGAUAGAACUAUUGAUGAGUUUAUGUGAAAUAAAUACUUAUCCAUCUACACAUCAAUUUCUGAAUGAACAAGUGACUGACAUGAAACUUGCCAUUUUGGAGUUUCCAAACUCACUUUUAAACAGACUCUUCUUGUUGUGGAUUCUUGAGGCAAAUGUGUGGCAUUGUAUUUCUGUCUACCAUUAUUUUCCCCUUUGAUUCAUUUCUGUAGCGUAAAAGUAUAUGAUCUUCGUACUGUUUCUAACUCUAUUCAGUGGUAAGUUUCAUCAGUAGUAAAAAGAAUUGAUGACCGAUAAAAAUUUUUUGUUCACUUGAGUCACAUUGUAGUUUUGCACAUGUGCUAUUAUGAACAAACUGUAUAAAUUAUUGUUGUAAUCUGUGGAUUCUCAAAUAAGUGGUAUCAUUAUUGUAACAUUAAAGAAGCCUUGAAACUGAUUCUUGUCUUUGUGAUUGUGAACUGGCACAGAAUAUAACAAGCACACAACAUUCUAAUACCACCAGAAGAAAGAAAGUAGCAGAGUAAAUUCUUCACAGGACAUGAACAGGUGGGCUGAACUAUGAUUAGAUUAAAUAUGUACAGAAAAAAUGUUCGACAUUUUGGAUGUAAAAUGGCUUAUCUCAAGCUUGUUAAAGUUGUUGUUACUGUAUUAUAAUUUCGUGUGCUGUUAAAUAUCCUUGUCACUGUUGAUUGGCAUUAUAGCUAUUAUGUAAAGAACUUAUCAGUGUUUCAUAAAAUGUUAGAUGUACUACAUUUGUGUAAUCUGUGUGCAUACCACACUUCUCCUCCCACUCAUGCCAUUGCUUGAUAGUUUCUUGCAAAUGACAUGAUAGCUGUUUUAAUAUUAUAAAAAUCUGCCAGCAUUCAUAUUAGCAUUGUAAAUAUCAUUUGUUGUCUGAGAAUGUAUUAAAAUAAUUGGGUAUUUCGUAUACAACAUUCCUCUGCAAUCUGUGCCAUUUUCUAAAUUUAGGAUCAACUGCUCAAUUUUUGAGUGACUUCCUGAGAGGACUACACUGCUUCUCUUCAUGUUUUAAGGCAAAUGUGAGCCAUAUUGAUUUACUGGAGAUCACAAAUGACAGUACAUGAAGUAAGAAAGAAUGAAGUAAUAUUGUCAGUGAACAAAAGACUUCUUAGUUUAACUCAUUGAAGCUUCAAGAUAUUUUCAUCUAGCUUACUUAAACAUAAUUGUUGAAUUCUGCACUCUGUGAUUUAAUGAUUAUGAUCUUAGUUAUAAUGCAGUAUGAAUUGUGAGAGUUUGAGUUCAUUAACGUUAUUCAGUUAAGAGAGAAUGUUCCUGUUUUUUGAUUGUUUACCAGAGGCAGUUCCUGAGAAACCAGGAAUAGUGUUUUGUAUUUUGUAAAAUGAAUUUUAAGUACUUAAGGUGAAACUUGGCCAGAGUGAAUGUCAUAUUUAAUGUAGAAACAUUACCCUACGCUUGGGUGGAUGGCGAUAUUUCUUUUUAAUUUUGUGCGUUGUAUUAUGUAAGAGUAAAAAUAAACAAUGUUUAGUAACAA